CCUGUAGACCUACAGGCUUCUGGUUGGAGCCAUAAGGAAACGAGAGAAAAAAAUUAGCCUGUGUGUUUGUGUGGCUGUGCUCCAGUAAAUAUUUUGAUGCAUCUGCUGCCAGCUCUGGUCUGAGGGAAUCUACCUAGCAUUUAAAUUUUGAUGGGGAGCUGUUUUGAAUAAUAAGAGUGCAGCCGGCUGUGAGUCAGUGCAUGUGUGUGUUGACUGAAAGGGGGAGAAAAAAAAUCUCAAAGCUUAACGCUUGCUGAACGCUCAGCUGCAGUGCUUUGCUUUUCCCUCCUCCUUUUUCUCCGAGUAGAUAUUCCAAACAGAUUUUUUUUGGGUGGUGGUGUUUCACUGGGAGGAGGGAGGGGAAACAUAUUUUGUAUAGCCCCUCACCCAAGUAGCAGUUACAAUGGGUGCUGUAAUGGGCACGUUCUCUUCUCUGCAAACCAAACAAAGAAGACCCUCGAGAGACUUCGCCCGGUGGUAUUACCUGUCUCAGAGAGCAUAUACUAUCCCAAGGAAUCUGUUUUUAAAUAAAGUUGAAGAUGAAUUGGAAAUGACCACAGUAUGUUAUCGGCCAGAAGGACUAGAACAACUUGAGGCACAAACCAAUUUCACAAAGAAGGAGCUUCAAGUGCUUUACAGAGGAUUCAAAAAUGAAUGUCCUAGUGGAGCUGUUAAUGAAGAGACGUUCAAACAGAUCUAUGCACAGUUUUUCCCACAUGGGGAUGCUAGUAUGUAUGCCCAUUAUCUCUUUAAUGCAUUUGAUACAGCACAGAAUGGAUCUGUGAAAUUUGAGGAUUUUGUGAUGGCACUAUCCAUUCUGUUGAGAGGAACAGUUCACGAAAAGCUACGAUGGACAUUUAAUCUGUAUGACAUAAAUAAAGAUGGCUAUAUAAACAAAGAGGAAAUGAUGGAUAUAGUAAAGGCAAUUUAUGAUAUGAUGGGCAAAUACACCUACCCAGUGCUGAAAGACGAUGCUCCAAGGCAGCACGUAGAAGUUUUUUUCCAGAAAAUGGAUAAAAAUAAGGAUGGUGUCGUUACUCUGGAUGAGUUUAUUGAGUCAUGUCAGGAGGAUGACAAUAUCAUGAGAUCCUUACAGCUUUUUGAAAAUGUCAUGUAACAGCAGCUGAAGAACAGCAUAGGAAUCUGAGACUUUAUGUGUAAUGAGAUCCUGAAGAAAGUGAGUCAAGAUUUUUCUCCCUGCCACCUUUUUUGAUGAAAGCUUUUUACUACUUGGACAUACUCAGCGUGCAAGGAUUUUAUAUGCCAUCGCAAACUGAGCUGUGUCUCUGAAUGCAACAAACUCCAUCUCGCCUCCCUCAAGAGACACUGAUUAGAAUUUAUUUCAUUUGGAAGCAUGCUAAUAAAACCUGACCAGAGAGA